UUUUUCUAAUGAUGCCGCGUUUAUUUAAUUAUUUCCUUAUUGGAGCUCUGCUCUUCUCCAUGCCUAUUUUCUCUAUGUCUAGUCUUCCUGAUAGUUCUGCAACUCAAACUAUGGAUUAUUCUCAUUUUGAAGAAUCUGAUAUGUUGCUAGACAAGGACGAUGAAUGGCUCCAUUAUUUGUUAUAUUCGGCUAGCUUCAUGAUUGGCUCUUUCAUAAUUUGGGCAAUUGUGCGUUUUUGUUUGGUUGUUCCGCGUUAUAAGAAAAUUCAAGAGAUGGAGCGACACUAUAAAUUGCUCAAGAACGAGUACAAAAGUGAGCGUGAAUUGAUGUCUGGUCAAAAAGAAAUUGUGGUAUCGGCUGAGGAAAAAAGUGAAAGGUCAGUACUUGCAACCACCAGCGAUCUCAGCAGAAAUUACAGUGAUAUUCCAAGUUCGCUCAAAUCUGACAAGCCAAAAAUUAAAAAGGAGCCUGUGGUCGCCGAGACGAAUAAAUCGGUACGUCUUCGACCUAAAUUGCAUACAACGGAUAAAGGUUAG